AUGCGAACUGGAACGUGUCUUCUCUUCGUUCUUUCCGGCCUUUCUCACAGCGCUAAAGACGCUUGCUCUAUUUACGACACCCCUCAUAAGCCGUCCGAUCUCGGGAAACCGUGCCCAACUUUUAGGCCGACAGGUUUACACAAGACCCGAGCACUUUGCGGCACGAUGGGUUGGGUCGACUUCGGUCUUGGCUACGGUCAGAGGCUAAUAGAAGCAACGAAUCCCAAUAAGGGUAAAGGAGGAGCAAACAAUAAGAUAACUUUUACUAUCGCAUACGUUACCCCUGAAGACCCUGCAGGUCGUUUCAUGGUUAUCUCAGAUGUGGCCGUCGAUGUGCCAUGCCAGCCAAUGUUUCCGGCACGCGCAAAGCUUCAUGGUGUAUCAUACUUUCUGCAGAAGAAUUAA